AUGCCGUGCGAGAAGACGUCGUGGUCGAUCGUCUACCUGAUGGGAAUCUUCUCGCUCAUCCAGAAUACCCAAUACUCCAUCUAUUUGACGACGAUGUUCGCGUAUCUCAAGAAAUUGAACCACUCGGCCACCGAAUCGCAAUUCGGCUUCAUCAUGGCGACGUCAAGUUUGGGCCAUUGCCUCGGAUGCUUCGCGCUCGGCUACUGGAACAGUCGAACCGGCAAGAGCGCUCAUUCAAUGUACAUCGGAUUCUCGCUAAUGCUGUCGUCGAACAUCGUCUAUCUGCUGGUGGAAGUGACGCCGGUUGGAAUGGUGAUGCCGCUGAUGCUCAUCUCGAGACUCCUCGGAGGCUUCGGAAUGGGCAACUCGAGUCCGAUGCGAACCUGCGCGUCACUUCAUUCAACCUACUCGGAUCGCAGUAAAGCAAUGGCGUCGCUAUCCGGCGGCCGAUCAGUCGGCACCGUCAUCGGUCCCGGACUUCAGCUGUUGUUCGUCCCUCUCGGCGAGCAGGGCGUCCAUCUCGUCGGCGGCUUGUCGAUUCACUCGAACAACGCGCCGGCGUUUCUCGGAAUCGCGCUCACCCUAUUCGGAAUCCUCUCGCUGAUCAUCCUUUUCGACGAGUCGACUCACGCCGAUUCCGAUGAGAUGGCGAUGUGCAACGACGGCGGCGAUUUGCCGCAUCCCGACAAAAUCGCGAUGAGCAUCUGCCUGCUGACGAGAUUCGUGCAGAAUUUCAUGCAGAUCUCGAUUGAGACACUUGCGCCGGCCAUUCUCAUGCUCAUGUUCUUGCAAUCGCGUCAGGAGUCGGUCUCGUCGAUGGCGACGACUUACCUAAUCACUGGUCUCAUCGCAACACUCCUCUACCUUCUCAUCAUCUUCACAGCCCUCUCAAAAUACGUUCGCCACAAGAUCAUCAACGUUCUCGUUCUCUUCUUGUUCGUCGCCCACUUGUUGGCCACCUAUCCGUGGCAGUUUUUGCCGAAUAUGGGCAACGUCUACUCGAAUGAAACUUUGACUGGCUGCGAUUUUGACAAGUUCACAUGGUGCGAUGGGCUCACUGUACCUUCGGAAUGGCUCUUCUAUCUCGGCUACAUCGCCUCGUUCGGCCUCUUCAUGCCAUUCAUCAACGUGGCAAAUGCCACAUUAUAUUCAAAGCUUCUGAAUCCCGACUGCCAGGGGACCCAUCAAAGUCUCUAUGACAUUUCCAACACCGCUUCUCGCGUGUUCGCCCCAAUUGUGAUCACGACCAUUUACACUUUAUGGGGUCCCCGGCGAGCGUGGGAGUUCAUUGCAAUCAUUCUGCUAAUUACCGCAACCCUCUGGAUCAUUUUCGAUCAGCGGAUGAUGCCGAUUAAGCCGAUCGAAAAAACUCAAUUCAAUGAGAAUGAGGCGUUCAAGGAAGAAGCCUAA